UCGGACUCGGGAAUUUUUUUGAGCACGCACUUGUUUGUUUUGUUUACAAUUACUCGGCUCAGAGCUAGGAUUUCUUGGCGAUUCACCCGCAACAAGGUGGUCUACUGUACAGUGGAGCAGCGCAGCGCCCCGGGGAGAACGCCCCAUGAGCAGUCUUCCGCAGAAAUCGAAGCCGGCCGCGUGUUUUUUCGGCCGAGAAACCCCAGAAUUUCCGCGAAUAGCUAUUUAUGGCUUCGAAUGCGCAACUCGGAAAACUCAUUUUGAUAGCCGCAAUCGCCGUGUUCUUCUACUACUUCUUCUGGGUGGCCGUCCUCCCGUUUAUGCUCAUCGAUGAAGGUAAUCCCAUUCGGCUCUUCUUUCCACCGCUGAAGUACGCUUUCAUAGUGCCCACUGUGUUCGGGGUGAUCUUCCUCGGCGGCAUCGCCGCGUUCUCCUUCUACCACAUCUGGAGCCUGAGGGUGAAGCGCGAUUAAGGGGUUAUC